AGGUUGAUCCGGCUCUCGUUGACAUGGCAACAACAAGCAGCAAAGAAAGUUUGGAGGACGUCGUGAGAGGAUCAGCAGGGGGUUCUGCCAACACCGUUUCCACCUGGCAAGGAGGAUCAGCAGGGGGUUCUGCCUAUAUCGUUUCCCCCUGGCAAGGAGAAAGCUGUGCGGAGUCUGGAGAGGAAACCGGGAGGCAAGACAAAGGUGUGAAAGUGUUCAGGUGUGAGGAGUGUGCCAAGCAGUUCAGUUGUCUUAGUCAUAUUGAGAGACACGUGCGGACUCAUACAGGGGAGAAACCCUACAGGUGUGAGGAGUGUGCCAAGCAGUUCCGUCGUCUUAGUGAUCUAACGAGACACAUGCGUACUCACACUGGUGAGAAACCCUACAGGUGUGAGGAGUGCAGCAGACAGUUUAGUCAGCUAGAUAAACUGAAGAGCCAAAUGCGAACUCACACUGUGGAGAAACCCUUCAGGUGUGAGGAGUGCAGCAUUCAGUUCAGUCAGCUGAGUGGCCUGAAGAGACACAUUCGGACUCACACAGGGGAGAAACCCUACAAGUGUGAGGAGUGCAGCAGGCAAUUUAGUAGACUGGAUCAUCUGAAGAUUCACAUGCGGAUUCACACAGGAGAAAAACCCUACAGGUGUGAGGAGUGCAGCAGGCAGUUCAGUCAGCUGCGUCAUUUUAAGACCCACAUGCGGACUCACACUGGGGAGAAACCCUACAGGUGUGAGGAGUGCAGCAAGCAGUUCAGUCAGCUGGGAAAUCUGAAGACUCACAUGCGGACUCACACUGGGGAGAAACCUUACAGGUGUGAGGAGUGUGCCAAGCAGUUCAGUUGUCUUAGUGAUCUAAAGAGACACAUGCGUACUCACACUGGUGAGAAACCCUUCAGGUGUGAGGAGUGCAGCAGACAGUUUAGUGAGCUCGGUAGUCUGAAGAAGCACAUGCGGACUCACACUCGUGAGAAACCCUACAGGUGUGAGGAGUGUGGUAAGCAGUUUAGUGAGCUGGGUGAUCUGAAGAGGCACAUGCGGACUCACACUGGGGAGAAACCCUACAAGUGUGAGGAGUGCAGCAGGCAGUUUAGUAAGCUGGGAAAUCUGAAGAGGCAUAUGCGGAUUCACACUGGGGAGAAACCAUACAGAUGUGAGGAGUGCAGCAGGCAGUUCAGUGAGCUUGAUAGUCUGAAGAAGCACAUGCCAACUCACACUGGUGAGAAACCCUACAGCUGUGGGGAGUGUGGCAGUCAAUUCAGUAGACUGGAUCGUCUGAAGACUCACAUGCGGACUCACACAGGAGAAAAGCCCUACAAGUGUGAGGAGUGCAGCAGGCAGUUUAGUGACCUUGGUAGUCUGAAGACUCACAUCCGGACUCACACAGGAGAAAAACCCUACAGAUGUGAAAAGUGCGACAGGCAGUUCAGUCAGCUUGGUAAUCUGAAGGCUCACAUGCGGACUCACACUGGGGAGAAACCCUACAGGUGUGAGGAGUGCAGCAGGCAGUUCAGUCAGCUAGAUAAUCUGAAGACUCACAUGCGGACUCACACUGGGAAAAAAACCUACAGGUGUGAGGAGUGCAGCAGGCAGUUUAAUGAUAUUGGGAAUCUUAAGAAGCACAAGCAAACCCACAAAGGAGGAACGCAACAGAACUGAAGACUGUGGGAUGCUGUUUAGCGCCACAGGCUAUGUUAUUACCCAAUUUGACGCACAAUCUGAGAACCGUUUUUGUGUAAGAUGUGCCAAAGAUACUGCAUGGAGACGAGAAAGCCUAAAGGUUCGAUGUAAAGAUAGCAGUAUAGGACGUUUACUAUAAGACUAUCCCCAGUAAAUGUAGCAGUAAUCCUAAUUUGUUAC